UGAAUCUGAGCGCCGAAGUGAGACACGUAUUGUCUCACAACAGACCCAAAACGAUAUUUGCGGCCAAACGUCUUCCGGGUGUGACUCCGGCGGCGAUCGUCUCUCUCCUGUAUUAUAUGAAACGGAUCCACAAAUCGGCGGUUAUGUCACCAAAACGAUUGUCUCACUAAAAACGGGUGAUUCAAUUGUUGAUGAACAACUGGAAGCCCAUCCACGACAUCAACAUGAAGAAUAGUGUGACGGGCAACAGUGAGACGUACGGCUUGUUAAUCGGGAUGUGGUUGACCCCCAAACCGAGCACAAUCGCUUUGGAAAAGACGGUUCCAAUCGAGCACUUCAUAGCACCAGAAGUCGACGAAAGUGAGACGAUUGCCGGCCAUCCACUCGAAAUUUGGGAUCAAAAACGGGUGAAUAGACGACGUGUCGGAGGCCGUCGUUCCUCAUGUCCUCCAUAUAGUUCUCAAUCAUAUCUAUUCUCGUCUUUUCGGCGUCCGUUUGGCCGCAGAGGCCGUGCUUUGAGCCCAAGGAAGGUUAGGGAAGUCGAGACCCAAAUCCCACUUCACUCGCAGCCAGUCCUCCCGGAGGUCCGGAUCAGUCCAGUCGUGUCCGAUCCGAUAGCGCACGUCAGUGAAGGCAAUGCCCACGAAACAAUAAUUGGUUCAGAAAUUCAAUUGCUUAAUGAUUUGUAUGGUAUGCUCGGGAUUCCGGACGGUAUACCCGAUAGUGCGCGGAUCCGUAUAGAUCUCGUAGUCGUUACCUCCCGGCGCCGUCUUAUCGCCGAAGAAGUAGAUCUUAUCGAAGUCCUUCUCCACGAAUCGCAAGCAAUAUGUUUUGUCCCAACNCACGAAUCGCAAGCAAUAGGUUUUGUCCCAACCCUUCGGGAAACAGUCGAAACUGAUUUGUCCGCCGAUGGCGUAGCAGAGGUUCAGCUCCUGACCGAACCGGGCGUUCAGUGCGUCCACAAACUUCUGGCGGAUGUGGUGUUUGGCGUCAUAGGCGGCGAACUCCUCCCUCUGCCUCUGCGUACAGCUCCGGCCCACCGGACAUAUGUUGACCAAACCGUUGCGGAACUCGACGAAGUUUCCGCGUUUGACCGGCAGUUCCACUUCAGACAUAUACCGCAGACAGAAGUUGAUGAACGUCUGGAGUUUCUGUUCGCCCACGAACUCCGCGAUCGACUCCGUGGCCAACAGCGAGCCCUUCUUGUAGGCCACCAAACCGUUCUCAGCGAACACGUAGUCGUAUCGGUUGACGAUUGUGUACGAAGAUUGCGCGCUGUUCUCACCCGCGCCGCCCAUCUGUUCCGCAAUCUUCGACAGGUCGGAGCCGCCCACCAGUCCUACAGACACUCUCGAGCGAAGAUCUUUCAGGAACUCUUCCAUCUCUGGGCUGAUCCUCAGUCGCGAUGGCGUCAGAGUGCCGUCGAUGUCGAACAGCACCAGUGUCUUCGAGUUGUUCACCGCCGAUGA